UAUCUGUGUUAUUUUCUAAAUAAAUAAACGUACAAAUGUAGUUGCCUGUGGAUAUUCUAUGCAUAGGUAAACAUGUAGGCUACUGGUCACAUUUUACCUUCCCAUGAGUUGGCUGCUACGUAGACAUACACUUAAUGUAACCAAGAAGUCAACCUACCUGUAGGCUUACUUAAGUAUGACCGAUAUACAUUGUCCUUUUGUACGUAUACGUAGACAGCUACUGGAUGCCUAUACUAUUGAUUACAGGUGUAGCCACGACUUGUAAAAUUCAGACUUGUUUAAUGAGUAUUUUGGUUCUAGCUUCACUAAUAAGACCUUUUCCAGCGUAAACAUUAUAAGUUUUAUGUGUGAGGGGAAUAUCUUAAUCGAUCUAAAGUGGAUACCCUACGCUUCACUACCCGUAUAGCUUCUUCUAGGCCUACCACCCACCAGCAAAGUUGAAAGUGAAACUAGAAAUUAUUUAUGUAAACAUGCAUGCAUAUCUAUUAUGUAGGUCUGUAAGAAACGUUUAUUUGCCGUGUUUUCUUGUUACAAACACUUGACUUUAAUGAAUUUUGACUAGAGGACAAAUAAUGUAGCUGUCAUGAAUGAGUGACAGUUUGUCUAAGCCCAUAAAUUUCUUUUUAAUGCGCUUCAAGCCACCUAAGCGCUAACUGAAGGAGCGGAGCUCGACUGAUCACGUGACUAACGACAGCCAAAAUGUCGGACGCAGACGUGAAUGGAGAAUCAGCUGGCUUGCUGGCACAGAAGCCGAACCCGGGUUUAAAGUUUGACAAGAAGCUGUCAGAGACGGAGAGGUCUACCAGGGAAAUCAAGUACAACUUGACCCCUGGACGUAACAAGUUACGGAGCCGUUCAAUGUCCCAAUCAUCCACGGACAGUAACAGCUCCAGUAAGUAUACAUCAGCAUCCUACACAGGCAGUUCGUCAGAUGGCGAAGACAUCAACCCCAGAGAGAAAAUACAGAAAAAUGGCAAAGGUGGAACAGAUUUCUGUGUGCGUAACAUUGAAAGUGCAGCAUUUGGACGAAGGGAGGUUGAAAUUGCCGAACAAGAAAUGCCAGGGCUAAUUGCCCUUAGACGGAGAGCGGAGUCAGACAAGCCUCUUGUUGGAGCCAAGAUCAUCGGUUGUACACAUAUCACAGCACAGACUGCAGUCCUGAUUGAGACUCUAUCAGCCUUGGGGGCUACUAUCCGAUGGGCGGCCUGCAAUAUCUACUCCACACAGAAUGAGGUCGCUGCUGCCCUGGCAGAGGCUGGAUUCCCUAUCUAUGCCUGGAAGGGAGAGACAGAGGAGGACUUCUGGUGGUGUAUUGACAAGUGUAUCAACACUGACGGAUGGCAGCCAAAUAUGAUCCUGGAUGAUGGUGGAGAUGCAACACACUUGAUGCUGAAACGCUAUCCAGCCAUGUUUAACAUGAUUAAGGGAAUCGUGGAGGAGAGCGUGACUGGUGUCCACCGUCUCUACCAACUGUCCAAGUCUGGCAAACUGACCGUCCCCGCAAUGAAUGUCAAUGACUCUGUCACCAAGACCAAGUUUGACAAUCUAUACAGCUGUCGUGAAUCCAUCCUGGAUGCGCUAAAGAGGACAACCGAUGUCAUGUUUGGAGGAAAGCAAGUGGUUGUCUGUGGAUACGGUGAGGUUGGGAAAGGUUGUGCCUCAGCCCUCAAGGGACUUGGAUGUAGUGUUAUGGUGACAGAGAUUGAUCCAAUCUGUGCUCUCCAGGCCUGCAUGGACGGUUUCCGAGUGGUACGACUGGAAGAGGUUGUCCGACAAGUUGACAUUCUGAUCACAUGCUCAGGAAAUAAGAACGUUGUAACACGUAGCUUCAUGGAUCGUAUGAAGACAGGCUGUAUUGUGUGUAAUAUGGGACACUCUAACACAGAAAUCGAUGUGGGAAGUCUGAGGACCCCGGAUCUAACAUGGGAAAAAGUCCGGUCACAGGUUGAUCAUAUAAUCUGGCCGGACGGCAAGAGAAUCAUCCUCCUGGCCGAGGGUCGCCUGGUGAAUCUCAGUUGUUCCAGUGUACCAUCGUUUGUAGUGUCCAUCACAGCAGGCACCCAGGCACUAGCUUUGAUAGAGCUAUAUAAUGCUCCUGCAGGCAGAUAUAAGCAAGAUGUCUACCUCCUUCCAAAGAAAAUGGAUGAAUAUGUGGCCAGUCUACAUCUACCAACGUUUGAUGCUCACUUGACCGAACUCAACGAUGAACAAGCAAAGUAUCUGGGACUCAAUAAGACUGGACCAUUCAAGCCAAACUACUACAGAUACUGAAAGCCUACGCCACGCCACCACCAUUCCAUGACUUUAAGUACAACCCGUCACGAUCACACAACAGCAAGUGGGCAUUCCAUGUAACCAUGGCAACAGUGAUACAAGGAUUCACAAGUUACUGUUGCCAUGGUUACGCUGUAAAUUUUUGUGGAUAAAUUCACACAAAAGAGCCUGUUAAUAUGAAUUUAUAUGAACAACGUGAUUUAAAGAUGAUGAUGUGAUUUUUUUGUUUGUAAUAUUUGAUGAUUUACUUCAGGUUGUCGGAUAGAUGUAGUAUAUAAUGUAAUAUAUUACCUAGAAUCUAAUAUGAAAUUUUAAGGUAUGAUAGAGAAUAUUUGUUAAAGUGUGUACAAUUCUUAUCACAAUUUCCAUAGAAAGAUUUCUGUUGAAAUCAGAAGUGUCCGUAGAUUGUUUUGUUAUCAACUUGUGAUUAUAUUCAUGUACAAUCAGACUUGUAAAAAAGACUGUACGUUUGAUUAUAAAAAAAUGUAUUGUGUCAUGUACUGAAAUAACCUAUAUCAUUGGGCAGGGUUAUUGUGUAAAAACGGCAGAGAUUUUCAUAUUUAGCUGUGAUAUCAACUAAUGAUACACAUCAUUGUGAUAGAAAAUCGGAUUGUCCUUUCAAAUUAUUUUUAAUCAAAACAUAUUACAACAAUCCCUUAAAAAUUGAAAAUGUAGUUUGAAUCGGCAAAAUAUGUAUGCAAAAUUUAAGUAUCUUUUUCAUAUCAUUACUGGGAUAUGUCAUUCAAAGAUAUUCAAAGAUAUUCAAAGAUGUAUGCGUCUGUUCACGAUUAAAUCUUGAAUUCAACCUUCUUUGAAGAAGGGACAUUUUAUUAUCUCGGUUUAAAUUCUUUUUGGUAAUCUUUACAAAUUUUCCAUUUAAAUAUUGAAAAGUUUGUUAUUGUUCAAUUUUGAAAUACCUAGUUAUGGCAAGAAUUUAUUAAAACAGUCCAAAUGUUUCACUUUGAGUUUGCCUGGAGUUAACUUUCACACAUCAUUGUACAGCUACCGUCCCAGCAAAAAAGAGAUUGCUUAAACAUUGUGAUACAAGAAAAAGACAAAAGAAUUCUCCAAUUAGACUUUGCUUAUAAUGCAAUUACCGGUACUUAAGUAAUAAUUUGAUAUAUACUGUUAUUAAAAUUUCAAGAUACUGUUAGUAGUUACCCAAACUACAAACUCUAUCAGUUCCUUUUGAAUGAUGAAAGUUCUAAGAUAUCAUAAUGAAAUGGUUGAAAUUUAUGGUACCUCAACCAUAUUUGGUAAAGAAUAAUUUUUUUUUCAUAUCGUGGAUGGAAGCUUCAGUAGCAUCUGAUGAGACAAAGUUAUCUAGUAUAUGUAAGUAGUAGGUGAUGGUAGCUAAAUUUUAUUUGUAAUUUUAAUUGUAAGAGAGAUUCCAAAGCUGUAUAAAUAUUUACUGACUCCGAGAUAGCAUUUAGUACCUGUAAUGGAAAAUUAAACUUUAUUUCAAAUAUCUAAAUUUGCAUAGAUUUGAGAAAUUCACCAUUUUCUGUCGUAGGAAUUUGCAUCAAUAUAACAGAUGUUAAAUAUUUAUAUUGUAGACAUACUGAUUUUAACGCACCCAAAUUUUGUAGAAUUUAAACGGAUCAGUGACAAAUUUAAUUAGCAAACCUAUAUAUAUAUUAUUUGCUAUAUAUAUACAUGUAGUAUAUAUGAAUUCAAAUUAACACAGUCAUUAUUUAGCAAGUUUCCCUGAGGAAAAUAAUUUAAAGAUUUAAAAAUACAGCUAAAAUUUGUAUGUUUACAGCAUUUCAUUUACAAGUUGUAGUAGUGUGAUCCUUAAGCUGGUCUUUGUAAAUAUUUUCACACUUAGAAAAGAGGUGACUUUAGUGUAUAUAAGUCAUAACUGUAGGCAAUUUUCUACAGUAAAUACAGACUUUUUGUUAUCAUUUAUCUUUUCAUAGACACAAUAUUUGUAUAGAUCACUUUCAUGGUGAAAAUGGAGUGGAAUAUGGCUAUUAAAAUAGUUUUGUUCUGCAAUGCGCUACAAAUUUUCAUAAUAAUAAAUAAACAAGGAAUUUGUUUUAGUUCACUUAUGCAAUAGUGCAUGUUAUCUCAUAAAUAUAUUAUGAGAUGAUAAACAGUAAGUGGAUAAUUGUGAUACUGCGAGUAUAAACUGUCAAUCUAAUUUUUGUUUAUAUUCUUCAAUAUAUAUAUAUAUAUAUAUAUACAUCAGUUGUUUAUCAAUUAUUUUGCAAUUGAAAAUUAAAGAAAAAGGUCUGAUCUUACAAACAUCAUGUUAACAAUAUAUUCAGGUAAUACUGUGUAUAUACAAAUCUAAUUCAAGUGACAUAGCCAGUGAAGUGAUUUGGACGGUCUUGGUAUUUUUUUGUCCGUUUCUUUACAUGACUAUAUAGGUGCUAGUAGAUGUAUGAGAUUUGUGAUAAAAUGAAAAAGUGAUGUAUAAAAUUUGUUGAAAAUCAUUAAUUUGAAUGUUACUUGGUGUUUUACCUUGUACUCGAUCAGUUGUGGAUGUACCUCUUCUAUAUGUGUUAUCGCACACUGGGAAUUUCAUAACAAUAAAUUCUUAUACUAAUCAGAGAAAAUUAGGGACACUUUAUUGAUAAUCAGGCUGUAUUACUUGAACAGAUCUGCGAUAUUCUCAGCAGCCUUAUUUACAAAUCUUGGCCAAAAGUAUCCAAGAAAUAGACAAGGCUCUCUGGUAGUUUAGCUGUCUAUCAUUACUAUUUAAUGUAGAUGACAGAGUAAUUUCCCUUUUAUAGAUGGAAAAACAUUUUUUUUCUAAAUUCUGUAGUAUCGGUAAGAAAACAAAUGUAUCAUUUUGUUCAUUGGCUAUUGUGGGGGAGGGGAAAUGGAAAGGGGGUCUAGAGUUCUAUUUACAUUGUACUGUGUGCAUGUUAAUGUUGUAAUAAUUUAUGAAAAAUUCUGGUAAGUAUUGGAUUAUUAAAUUACAUUUGGAAUAUUUGGAAAAAAUCUGUUUUUCUGUUUUGAUAUUAGCAUGUUUUUGUCACUUAAAUUUUUAUUAUACUUAAACUAUGCCUGUGUUCUUAAUUGUUUUGAAAACAUGCAAAAAUAAUUUUUUCGGAUAGAUUCUGAGUGAGGUGCGAUUUUAAAAUUGCUUCAUCUGUUAACAAUAAUUUCCGAUUUAUAUUUCAAAGCUUGGUGUAUAAUGAAAAAUAUCUCAGGUUUGAAAAUAUUAUGUCAUUAUCAAGUACUAAAUAUAUUUAUUGCUUAUUUAAAAACAAAUAAAACAGUUGUAUAAACAUGAAUUAAUAUGUACAUUUUGUAAAUGUUUCAGUUUGAGAAGAAUUUUCAAGAUGAAAUUAUUAUAUACUUAUAUGUAUAUACAUGAACUUCUGUGUUUAUCUGUAAAUAGUGAUUGAAAAUGAUGACGGUACUUAUAGUAGAUCUAGUGGUGUACUCAAGAGAAAUCUUAAUGUUAGCAUGACUACAUGUUUUGUUACAAGUGUUUCAUUAUAAAUGUGGUACAUAUUCGAGGGUAGGGCGUCAGUGGGGGUCGUAAUUGUGUUGAUAAUUGUUCUAUCAUUCUAGUACAAGCGCACCUGAUUUGAAAUGUGUACUUAUGUAAAUCUGGCCUUUACAUGUGUGUGGGCUUCAGGCAUUGCAAGUUAGCCAAAGGUCCAUUUCUUUGUAAGUCGACUGGCAUAUUGCCAGUGAAACAAUAAAAUUAGUAUUACUUAAAAAGGUGCAUAUAGUUUAUUCACGUUCAGAAACUUGCUUGAUCAAAUACCUUGAAUGAUGCCCUUCUGAAAAUGAGAUUGUUUCAGUGCAUGUGUUGGGAGUAUGUGUGCAACACUGCAAUAUUACACAACACCAUUGUCAUUGUCUUUUCAGUCUCCUGUGCUGGAGACCAUUGUUGUUUUUUUGUAAAAAAUUUUUGUUGAAUAUGGACAAGCUACAAUUAAAUGUUACUGUUCUUUUCGCUGAACUCAGUCAUAUUAAUGCAGCUGUCACAAGGGGCACAGUGGACCCAUUUAAAACAGUGAUAUGAAAACAGCUGAGCAAGAUUUAUUCUUGAUUGUUUAAAAAUUUUGUUUCACUUUUUAUUUUCCAUUUGAGGUUAUGAACUGUCAGCGUUAUUAAAGAAUGCACAUUCUACGAUAUCAACACACAACUAUAUAAGGUCUACCCCCUGAGGAUCAAAGUAAGUGAGCAUAGGUCAUAGGUCAAACUGCUUCACAAAACUGUAGUUUUCACAUAUUAUAGGUCAUAUUUACAUCACUCUUAAUUUUUGUUGGACCCAUAAACGGGUCAAGGUUGGAGGAAGCGGUCAAAUGUCGAAAGCCUUUUACUUUCAUUCCACACAAAGUAUUGCUUUCAUAAAACUUUGUAGGAGUAUACGUAGACUAUUACUAGAUACAUAAUGUAGUAUGUCACUUAACACAUAGUAGACUUUUAUCCUUAAAGUCAAGGUUAUUGAAGUGAUUCAGGUGGCUGAAAUUUUAUUUAUAAUAAAACAUUAUACCAGAUUAAAUAUAUGUAACAUAAACAAUCACUAUUUCUCAUGAUCAAAGUCGGAAUUACUUUCAAAUUGACAUAGUUCACAUAAACUUUACACCCAGUGAACAGUAGGUAUGUUAAAUGUACAUUGUAUGCAUUUUAUAAACUUAGUACUAAACUUUUGAUUUUUUUCCCCCCUCCUUUGGUUAACUUUCUUCUGUUAACAAUUUACAAUUUUAUUGCAUUUAACUGCCCAGUAGCCAUUUGUAUCAUGUUACCAAGCCAUUCAAACUGAAUGAUAAAACACAGAUUACAGAGAGUUUCAUGGGUUUGUCAAUCGUUAUUUUUUGCAGCCAAUGUUAUAUUUGUUUUUUUCUGUCAGCAGAAUGUUAUAAACUUCAUUUUUUUUGUGUAAAUCUCAUAAUGCAGACCCCUUUACCUGGUGAAACGUUUGGUUUGGUUCCAACCUAGGAUUUGUUAUAAAAGCACUGAACAUGGUUCAGUUUUUAUAUUCCUUAACCCAUUGAUGUAUAUUGGGCCAAUCAUGAAUUUGUUACAUUGAAUUUGAUUGGUUCCUAUUUCUACUAGUCACAGAUCAUGACCUAUGAGAGUGAUCGUUUCAUAUGUACUCGUUUUGGAGGCUACUUCAGAAUCAUCAUUUGUUUGGUCAGUCCAAAAUGGGGAAUACUUUCAUAAAAAUAUGGAAAGAAUAAAAAAAUCUUUAGCAAUAAA